AAAUACAGGUUUAUAUGUAUUUUAAUUAACGAUUAAAUAAUUUAAAAUAUAACAACUUCGCCAUAUCGUAAACACGGAAGUGUUCGCCUGCUCAGAUUUUGGGAAUAAAUGGCUUUUCAACACGAAACAUUUAGACAAGAGCGGUUUAGCCUGCUUCUUCUAGAGCCUGGUGAGAUUUAUUUUGAUGACUUUAGUGUGAACUACUACCCAGUUGACCAUGACACAGAGGAUAUAAACCAUGUUAAUGAGAAGAGAAAGCAGCGAGGUCAUUUAAAGAUUUGUUCUAAAUCUGCAGUUUUUGUUCCAAAAGAAAAAGAAUACCCUAUUUUGAAGAUUCCUUUGAAGAAUGUUUCCUCCAUCGAUGAAUAUUCUGGAAAUCUGUAUUCAAAAACACCGUCCAAAGAUAAAGGUUUUGUGAUAAAAUCUGAUGUCUGUGUCGAGAUGAAAAAGGACAAUAUCAUUUCACCAUACUUGUUUAAAAAGAAAGAGGCGCAGCAUUUAUUUGAACUGAACUAUGUGACAGUAGAGGAUUGUCUGCCCUCAUUGUGUCAACUACACCGGGCCUCCACACUGCCACCUGCAGACCAGGGCGCAAUGAUAAGCGCCAUUGUGUUAUCCAGACAGAGCAGAGUGAAGUUCAACACAAGCUGGCUAGACGAUCUAUAUGAGCGUAUAGAGAUGGAGUCUCAAGCUGACAAGAUUACCCCCCUUGUCACCAACCCUGGCAGGGUCAUGGUCACCACAUCCAGGCUCUACUUCCAACCCUUCAACAACGUAGAGACUGCCACAUUGAUACGUGUUAAGUUGAAAGAAAUUGGACAGAUAAUCAAGAGACGAUUCCUACUGAAGCAAAUAGGUUUGGAGAUUAUCUGUGGUGAUUCUACAGCCCAACCCCACCUGUACCUGGCCUUUAAAACCCAGGCAGAGAGGGACGCACUAUAUGACACAGUCAUCAAACAAGAAGAAGUACAGCUCACCCAAUCAGACCAGCAGGAUAUGACCUUGAAGUGGCAGAAUGGGGUCAUCUCAAACUUCGACUACCUUAUGUUCCUUAACAGUGCCGCAGACAGAAGCUUUUUUGACCUGACCCAGUAUCCAGUGAUGCCUUGGGUGAUACAGGACUUCUCCAGCCCAACACUUGAUUUCAACAAUCCUGAUACGUUUAGAGACUUGGCUAAGCCUAUAGGAGCCCUCAAUGAUGAACGUCUGGCACGCAUGAAGGAGAGAUAUGCUGAUAUGCCUGAGCCCAAGUUUCUGUAUGGGGCCCAUUACUCCACCCCUGGCUAUGUGCUCUUCUACUUGUCGAGGCAGGCCCCAGAGUAUGUUCUCUGUUUACAAAAUGGGAAAUUUGAUCAGCCUGACAGAAUGUUUAACAGUUUAUGGGACUUGUGGCAGAACUGCCUUCAUGGGGCUGCAGAUUUCAAGGAGCUGAUACCAGAGUUCUACCAGGGCAACGGGGAAUUUAUGAUCAAUUCAGGGGUGUGCAAUUUUGGGGUAAGGCAGGAUGGCAGACCUGUGGGCAAUGUUGAUCUACCACCUUGGGCAGCAAGUCCUUCAGAUUGCAUUCACAAGCUGAGAGAAGCUCUGGAGUCCGACCACGUGUCACGCCAUAUCAAUGAGUGGAUAGAUCUCAUCUUUGGAUACAAACAGAGAGGAGAAGAGGCAGAGAAAGCUGAUAAUGUGUUCUACUAUAUGACAUAUGAAGGUGCUAUUAACCUAGAUAGCAUUACUGAUCCAAAUGAAAGAGCCUGCAUGGAAAUACAAAUAAUGGAGUUUGGCCAAGUUCCGAAGCAGUUGUUUACCUCCCCUCACCCAGUGAGACAUGGGCCCAAGAUAGAGCGACCCCUACUGUCCCCGAGUACAUGCAAACCUAAGAGAGAGGAAGUGGAGCGGUCAGAUAAUGUUACAGAUUAUUCAAAGAAUGGCACAGCUCACAGAGCAGACUUCACCACAUUGAAAGAAGUCAUAAGAUUUUCUCUUCAUAAAAGUGCAAUAUCCGAUGUGCAGCUCUGUUUGAAGAAGAAGAUGGCUGUAUCUGUUUCACAAGAUAGUUUAUUUAAAAUGUAUUCAAUAGAAGAGCAGAGGCAACUGCGCAGUGUUCCAUUAUCAAACAUGGCCCUGUCCUCAUGUUUGGUGUUACCUGAAGGCAAGACAGUAAUUGUGGGCUCCUGGGACAAUAAUGUCUACUUCUACAGUGUGGAGUACGGCAAUGUGUUGGACACUCUUCACGCACAUGACGAUGCCAUCUCCCAUGUCUGCUGGCACAGGGACGUUCUGUACACGGCAUCCUGGGACUCCACUGUCAAGGUAUGGGAGUUCCAUCAGCCAGGUUCUCAACAUGAUUUUAAAGCAGCAGAGUUUGUGCUGCAGUUGGACCAUGAGAAUGGUGUGACAGUAAUGGCCCUUAGUGAGCCAGCUCAGCGCCUGGUGUCAGCCACCAGGGAUGGUCAGGUGUAUGUCUGGGACCUCGCCACAUAUGCCUUACACAAUGUCUUUCAUGUGCAUGCAGGGACAAUAGCAGCAUUGGAUAUUAUUGUUGAUAAAGACCAGAUAGUGACCUGUGGGGAGGACAAGUACCUGAGAGUCCUUGACCUUGAGUCCGGCACAGAGAUAUUUGUCAAGGACAUGAAACAAACUGUCCUAUGCCUUGGUCUGUCCUCAAGUACAGUAUUGCUGGGGCUAGAAACAGGGAAAGUGCAAGUAUGGGACAUGGAGAAAGCCUGCCAGAUACACGAGAUUAAGGCUCAUAAUGGACCAGUUACGUGCCUACACGUGUCAGCUGACAGCAGUGUUGUAACAGGCGGAGAGGACCGGAGUGUCUGUCUAUGGCGACCCGAUAUGCGGUGAUCAGAUGUCCUACUUUUAUGUCUGAACUACCAAAACUACUAGUGUCACACAUAUUAAUUUGAAAACAGCAUGCGUAUAAUGUUGCUUUGUUAAAGUGCAAUUUAAACCAUAUUGUGCCUUUCAAGUUCAUAGUUUUGCAUUUAAUGCAACGUUUUUUGUAAUUUAAGGAAUUUGUAUAUGAUUUUUUUUUAAUGUAUAAACAGAAGUCUAUAAAUGCAUAUUGAUAGAUAUUUUGUAAUAGACAACUUUAUGGUUGUAGUAAGUAAGGUUAAACUUGCACGGAUCAUACAAAUUUUGGCACUUCUUGUUAAAGCUGUUUUGUUUAUGGUUCAUAGUCCAACCUACUCCUGUUGUUGUUUUGUGUCUCACAACGGUUGCAUUAUAUAUUUAUGCUUAUCAUUGAAAUUAAUUGCAAUAACCAUACAAUGCAACUAUUACACAAUGCAUAUGUUUCGUUUAUAUGUGUUAUAUGUGGAUAAUACUGUUUUCACAGGGUUGGGCUGCUUUGGGUAGGUCAUUUCUAAUUGUUUACUCAAAUAUAGUGUUUAACAUAUUUUGUGUAACAAUUCUCUAUGGGACUCCAUUUGUAUUCGACAAAGAUCUCAGUAUGUUAGCACAUUUCUUGUUUUGGUGAUAUAAUGACCUAGUUAUGGUUAUCUUGCCUAAUAGGUUUAUGACUUUAAUAGAAAUCUGAAUUUCAAAAAAUUAAAUGCACACAAGUUUUCUGAUAAAUUUGCAAAUUGUAUUAUAAAAUGAGAAUACUUUUUACUUGUCCAUUCUGGAUAUUCCCUUUUUGAAAUGUUCAUGUGCCAUAUUUGAAGAAUGUUAAGACAUGCAAUUUAUAUAUGGCAUAUAUAAGAAGUUUGCCUAAGUUCAAUAUGGUCCCUGGUACUGAAAACAAACACUUAAAUGUAUAUACAAAAUGAUAUUUGUUUUUAGAUACCAAACUGUGCUAUUUAUGAUAAAUGUAAGUUUUUUUGUAAGCUGCUUGCCUGAAUUGUUGUUUGUUUUGUAGAUUUUUAAAAAGAAGGUACACAUGUAAAAAAUUAUUUUAAUAUCAACAUUGACAUAGUCACUGAUUUUGAUUGUUAAUAUUUAUUUGUUAAAAUUGGAAGAAUGUCUAUGUACGUUCUGUCAUUAUUUUAUUACUAAACAAAAUAAAACAAAACAAUAUUUUAUAAA